GUCAAGUACUAGACCUUUCAGAUGCCAAUUUCAUUUCUUCUACUCAAGUUCGCAGUGGCUCUUUUCAAGAGGCUGGACAAUGCGACAUUGUGGUUAUUACUGCUGGUGCCAAACAGAAAUCUGGUGAAUCAAGAGUUGAAGUAGAUAUAUUGACUCGAAUUGCUCAAAAACUAUCUGGUUUGCCAGAAAAACAAGUUUUUGGAUCGGGAACUUUUUUGGAUUCGGCCAGAUUAAGACUUAA